AUGAAGAAGGAAGAGGGGAACACCUGCAAAAUCAACGAAGAAAAAUGGUACAUCGUUUCCUCUUCCAUUGGCUCGUUUUUCCUGCCUUGCAUCAUCAUGGUCCUCGUGUAUGUCCGAAUUUACCAGAUCGCCAAGAAGAGAACCAGAGCGCCACCUGGGGACCGGAUGAUAAAGGAAGCGGGCAAGAAGGAGAACGAUCUGGAGAGGGAUCCCCAUGAGAAGCUCAACGGGAAUCCAAACCCUAAACUGGACGACAAAGGUGAGAUAAAUGGCAUGGACUUGGAGGAAUCGUCCUCCUCGGACCACAAUGUCUCCAACCCUUGCUCUCUCAAGAAGAAGAGCUCAAAAGGAAAGACUAAGCGGAGCCAAAUCAAACCGGGGGACGGCGACAAGCGCGAGGUCCUUCAGACCACCAAGACCAGCAGGUGGAAGGGCCGCCAAAACCGGGAAAAGCGCUUCACGUUCGUCUUAGCGGUGGUCAUAGGUGUGUUCGUCAUCUGCUGGUUCCCGUUUUUCUUCACCUACACGUUGACGGCGUUUUGCGAAAGAUGCGUGCCAGAAACGCUUUUCAAGUUUUUCUUCUGGUUUGGCUACUGCAACAGCUCCCUCAAUCCCAUUAUAUACACCAUCUUCAAUAAUGACUUCCGAAGAUCCUUCAAGAAGAUCCUCUGCCGGAGAGAUAACAGGAGAGUGGUGUGAAUUGGGUUGCUGUUUUUUUUCCCUUUCCUUUAUCCAAUGUAAUAUAUCACCUGGCGUUUAUGGGAA